AUGAACGGUCCUUCGACACUGAUUCAGGCAUCUUGGGAGCGGCGUCGGGCUUGGCUGAGGCAGGGCCGGCGCCGGCGGCCCCGGGGGCUGGAGGAGGAGGAGGAAGAAGACGCGAGAGCAGGGGCAACUGCCGAGCUUCCCGGGAGGCCCGAAGAGGAGCCCCCACUGCAGGAUGUUGUCUUUGAGGAAGGGAAACCCGCCCUCCAGAUGGAGGACUGGCUGCGGAACUGCAGGUCCUCGGAGAAGGGGGCAGAGGAGGAGUCCAGCCUGUCAAUAACCGACGGAUUCUACAGAACGGCGACCAGUUUGGAAGAUGAUCUGACCUUGGGAGCUGAAGGCAAAGAACAGGUCAAUCACGAGGUUCUGGGGCGGAGGGAGGUGCGAAUUCAAAGGGGGGACACGGAGAGAGGGAAGAAGAUCAGCCGCGCCAGACCCUCCCCGCCCCCCGACACUUUCUGUCCACCGGAGCUGCAGAAGCCAGUGGGCCGGCAUUAUUGGAAGAGUGGUGGGUCAGGUCUCCGAGGAUUGGAGAUUGGCAGAAAGUGCAAACUGCCUCUUGGGCCGCUGGACAUUGCUAACUGUGUCCUUAUCGACCCAGUCAUAGACGAGGAGCAAGGGCGUGACAGGAUGCUGUUAGCAGCCAACGGGAAACAUUUCCCCAGGGGUCUCUUGGCCCGCAUGGUGCAGGAGGCGAUGGGCUGGGUUCGGGAGGAAGAGUUCUGUGAAGGGGUCAAGGCCAGAAACGACGCCGCAGAGGAGAGGGAGACAGUGAGUCCCCCUGCGUCGCCCCGAAUCCCUGAGCUCCUGGGUCCGCAAUGCAACC